AUGGCAGUAACAACAAAAGCUACAAUCGCCUCCUUUGGCGGUAAACUCCUCAAACUGAGCCACAACGCCACAACCACAAACUGCGAAAUGAACUUCAAUCUGUAUCUCCCGCCACAAGCCAUUGCGCACCCAGAUAAAAAAGUUCCCUUGCUUAUAUACCUCUCUGGUUUGACCUGCACCGCGGAGAAUUGCUCGGAGAAAGGGUUCUUCCAGCACGGUGCGAGUAAGAAUGGCAUUGCGGUACUGUAUCCGGAUACGAGUCCACGAGGUCUGAAUAUUGAGGGGGAAGACGAUGCUUAUGAUUUCGGCAGUGGUGCUGGCUUCUACGUCGAUGCCACCAAGGCACCGUACGACAAGGGCUACAAUAUGUACAGCUACGUAACGGAAGAACUUCCACAAACAGUCUUUGCGGCAUUCAGGGAAAUCGAUUCUACCCGUGUCAGUAUCACGGGUCAUAGUAUGGGUGGACACGGUGCUCUGACACUGUUCCUACGAAACCCAGGAAAAUACAAAUCCGUCAGCGCAUUCGCGCCAAUCACAAACCCGGUUAAUUGUCCCUGGGGCCAGAAGGCAUUCAAGGGCUACUUUGGCGAAGAGAAUCAAGAGAAGUGGAAAGAACAUGACGCUACGGAGCUGGUCAAGAAAUGGAAGGGGCCGUUGAACGUGCUCAUUGACGUGGGCACCGGCGACAAUUUCUACAAACAAGGCCAACUGCUACCCGAAAACUUCGAGAAAGCAGCCAAAGAAGCCGGUGUGACCGGUGUGAAUAUCCGAUAUCAGCCGGAUUACGAUCAUAGUUAUUAUACUAUGGCGACGUUUUCGGACGAUCAUGUAGAACAUGCCGCCAAGUAUUUAUUUGCAUAG